CCACCAAGACAAGGCUCCCUUUUUUGAGAAAGAAAGAAAGAAAGCAAAAACAGCAAAUAAACCCUUCAACAUUUUCUCAUUUUCACUAUUCAAAAACCCAAGCUUGAAAUCUUUAUUUAAAAAAAAUAAAAUACCAACAACAAUGGAAUAAUUCAUCAAGAAUCCACAAAAAAUGGGUUUGCCCACAAAGCCAUUUUGCAUAUUCUCUCUUUUCUUAGUUAUAUUUACCAUUUUCAAGCUAACCCCACAAGCUAAAUCUGAUUCUGACUAUACUAAGUUGAUUUACAAGGGUUGUGCAAAGCAAGAUUUAUCAGAUCCAUCUGGGGUUUACUCACAAGCUCUUUCUUCCCUUUUUGGCACUCUUGUUUCACAGUCCUCAAAGUCCAAGUUCUAUAAGACUAGUACUGGUAGUGGGCAAUCUACAAUUUCUGGUCUUUUUCAGUGUAGAGGUGACCUAUCUAAUGUUGAUUGCUAUAAAUGUGUUAGUGGUUUGCCAAUACUCAUAGAUAAGUUAUGUGGUAGCAAGCCUGUUGCUGCAAGAAUCCAGCUUUAUGGCUGUUACAUGCUCUAUGAGGUUGCUGGUUUCCCUCAAAUAUCUGGAAUGGAGAUGCUGUUCAAGACUUGUAGUGGGAAAAAUGCUCCAGGUAGUGGAUUUGAGGAAAGAAGGGAUACUGCUUUUUCCACAUUGGAAAAUGGCAUGGCUAGUAGCAAUGGCUUCUACACAACAAGCUAUCAGUCUGUUUAUACCAUGGGGCAAUGUGAAGGGGAUGUUGGCUCCGCUGAUUGUGCUGAUUGUGUGAAAAAUGCUGUCCAAAAAGCUCAGGUGGAAUGUGGAAGCUCCGUCUCUGGCCAAAUCUUCCUGCACAAAUGUUUUAUUGGUUAUAGUAAUUCUCCAAAUGGGGUCCCUAGAACAUCAUCGUCGUCUUCAGAUUGGUCCCCUUCUUCAUCUUCAGGGUCAGGGCAAAAUGUGGGGAAGACAGUGGCUAUAAUACUAGGAGGGGUAGCUGGAGUGGCGUUUAUACUCAUAUGCGUGCUGUUUGCAAGGAAUCAAAUGAAGAAACAUGACGUUCAUUGCAUAUGUUUUAUCCCCUCAACUCGGAAAGGUGAAAAAGAACUGAGGACACGGGGAUGGCAAGGAAGUCUUCGAUGGUUCAUUUUGUGAUAAAGAAGGGAGAAGAGAGUCUUGUAUGCCUCAGAUUGUCGGAGUUGGCCUCACUUUUGUGAGUAAGAACUGUUUCUUAGUUUUUUACUGGAUCGUCAACUUGCGUAUAUUCAUCCUAGCUUGCUUUGUAUUAAUCUCUGGAACAUCUUGUAUUACCUAACAGCAUAUUUUGCUAACUUGCACAAGGUUUAUGAUUCAUAAUGAGCAUUUGGCCUGUGGAAACUUUCUGUGUAAAUAUGAUCUUACAUA